AUGGGCGCGCCCACCAGGUUGUCUCUCCUCCUAUUCUCUCUCUGCGUUCUCUCGUUCGCGUUAGUGGCUUCCGCGCAAUACAACAAGUGGGUUAAGGGCUUCACGGCUACCUACUACGCCAAUCAGAACAGCCAGUACGGCUCGUGCGGAUACGGUAUCGCGCCCGGUUAUACCGCGUCUAUUUCCGCACCAAUCUACGCGCGAGGCCAAGCAUGCGGCGCGUGCAUACGAGUGCGGUGCGUCAACAGCCCCCAAUGCAUCCCCGGAACGGUCUCCCCCACCGUUAAAAUCACAAACCUCUGCCCCGCGGCGUCGUACGGCGGGUGGUGCGAUGAUGGGAAGCUGAGUGUGACUCUAUCGAGCGACGUGUGGGCGCAAAUCGCGCAUAAUCCGUCCGUGGGGGUGGUUCCGGUGGAGGUGUCGCGCGUGCGUUGUCCGAGCGGCGGUGGCGUUAUGUUCAACGUCACCGGCGAUGGGUUCUAUAUCUCAGUCCUUCCGCUCAAUGUGGGCGGAUCGGGGGACAUCAAGCGGAUGGAUCUGUCGGUUGGCGGAGGGCCGUGGUUCAUGAUGAAGCGAAGCUUCGGCACCGUCUUCGAACUUGUCGGCCAGCCGUUAACCGGCAAACCGCUGUCGUUUCGCAUCUGGCCCCGCGCUGAACCGAAACCCGUUAUAGUGCGAAACGCGAUUCCCCCGUAUUGGACGGCGAGUAGCGUCUACAGGACUAAAAUCAAGUUGUAA